GGGGCCGGGUUUUGACCUUUUAUGCUCCACAGAAGGUUUUAUGUUUAAUGGAUCUUGGGGGCAAUGGGGAGCCAUUGGUGUUCCCUGAACUGGGGUGACAGGGUCAGACCUGAGCUUUGGGAAAUGACUUUGGAGGCUGGGUGGGGUUAGACUGGCAACAGGCAGACGAACUUCCCCCAGGCACCAGCUAAGAAGGGUUGGGUUGGCAUCAGGGGAGCGGCCAACGGAAGUGGAGAGAAAGGGACUUAGGGGAAGGUUGCUGUGGUUUGGCAACAGAUUGAGAAUGAGGUAGAAUUUGAGGGCAGCCUACAGGUUGGGAGCUUGGGGGACUGGGCUUCCUGAUCAUGGAAGAGGGGAGAAUUUGAGGGGAGACUCAAGUUCUGUGUUGGACAAGUUGGGCUUGAAAUGUUGACUGGACAUCUAGGUCCAUCCUUGUCAGAAAGAGUUGGGGGUGGGAUUGGAGGCCAGGAGAGAAUUUAGCAUGGGAUAUUUAUUUCAAUGUGGGACUCACCUGGAUGGAAAUGGAAUGGAAUCCAAGUGAGGCAGUAGAAAGGUAAAAGAGAACUAGGGGACACCUACACUUAGUGGGGAUUUUCAAGGUGUGAUCUUCCACAGGACAAGGGGAAGUGGGGGGACGAGUGUAGACAGGCCCGGGAAACAGCAGAGGAUCGAGGGACUGGAGGUCGCUGUGAAUAUGGGAGUCCUAAGGCUGGACUGAGGCAAUGAAAAAGGGUGACUAGAUGAAGGAAUUCGCAAAUGGAAUUCAAAUUCUUGUGGGGAAUUAGAAGGCAAGUGUGACUGAGGGAAUGGGAGAGCACUGAGGCCCUGCCCAUGGCCGGCUGAGGAAGGAUCAGGAGGUUAACCGACAGAGCUCCCUUCGCAGCCCGGGUUCGGACAGAGAGAAGUCACCGCCUCCCCUCCUCCUAGAGUUUGAAUCUCGGGAAAUAGAAAGUUGGCGCAGAAUAACCGGAGAGGGGUAAGGGGAGGAGAGGAAGGGCAGCCCGCUUGGGGCUCCUCCUACCCAUUCUCUCGUCCGACUGCAGUGUCAGGCUGAGUAUACUCAGCUCCCUGCGCUCCAGACUCCUCGCGGUGUUCCAGGCUCCCGGCAGUGUUCCAGACUCCUUGAGCACCGGCUCCCGGCCCUGUUUCAGGCAUCCCGUCCUGUUCCAGGUUUUCAGGACUUCAGGUCCGGACGCCAUGAACACGAACCAGGCAGUCCCCUUGGGGCAACUCAACCGAGCUUUUUCUCCCCCGAACUAUGAGCUUCUCUCAGAGGAGCCAGAACUGAGGCCUCCGGGGCAGGACCCAGCCUCCACCAUCAUCAGCGUGCACUCCUAUGAGCCUCCCCCGAAAGAUUUCUUUGUCUGGUCUGUGUUCAACACAUUGUACAUGAACUUCUGCUGCCUGGGUUUCAUGGCCCUGGUGUUUUCCAUAAAGGCCAGGGACCGGAAGUUGGUGGGUGACCUGCAUGCGGCCCAGAGCUACGGCUCCACAGCCAAGUGUCUCAACAUCUGCGCUCUGACCUUCUCACUUCUGCUGGUCCUCGUCACCGUGGUGACCGUUAGCAUCCUCAUGUCAGUCUGAAAGUCAUCAUCUCUCCGCUCCUGAGAGCUUUGGGUGACUGAGAAAUGCGCUUUUAAUUUCAACAGCUUGGAGCAUCUGGAAAGAGAUGAGGGACGUCGGGAAAAUGAAAUCUUUAUCAGAGACAAAUCCCCCCCUUAUCUAUUUCCGGCCUAAUGGUAAUUAGAGUGCUUUGACAAAAAUCAUUUUCAUUCCAUGUGAUCAAAAGUAUCCAUUUGAUCUUAUGUGACUCCACUUUGUCACGGAAAUGGUCCCAAUAUGCUCAAGCUCAACAGAGCCUGCCAUCCAAUGGCACAAUGUGGUCGUUCCCUGGGGCAGCAGCAGUUCCCAGCUUGGUGGUCACUAAGAUGCUCACUCGGGUUAUCAACGGGGCCACGAUCUGGAUCUGAGAGGGAACCUCUAUCUGGCCAGCAUGAGAGCAGCUUCCCAAGCCUGUGGCCUCCCAGGAUGGCUUCCCCCUUGCCUCCAGAAUCGGGGUGGGAUAUGUCAUUUUUGGUCCUCAAGACCAAGAGAUGCUGUAUUUCCCCAAGUCCCCUUUGUAUGUUUGGGUAUCAAAUCCUUUAACUAAAAGGUCCUGGGAGAAGGUGGCAGCUGAGAUCCUGAGCAAGAUCUGAGGCUCCUUUAAUAAAGUGCCAUUGACUCAGA